CGCCGCAGCGGGCUAAGCCGUGCCGAACAAAGGAGGUCGGGCACAGCCACCCAAGCUCCCGGGGCCGCCGGGCCGCCCUCCGCCACCAUGACCGCCAACGGCACAGCCGAGGCGGUGCAGAUCCAGUUCGGGCUCAUCAGCUGCGGCAACAAGUACCUGACCGCCGAGGCGUUCGGCUUCAAGGUGAACGCGUCGGCCAGCAGCUUGAAGAAGAAGCAGAUCUGGACGCUGGAGCAACCUCCGGACGAGGCGGGCAGCGCGGCCGUGUGCCUGCGCAGCCACCUGGGCCGCUACCUGGCCGCCGACAAGGACGGCAACGUGAGCUGCGAGCGCGAGGCGCCGGACGCCGACUGCCGCUUCCUCGUCGUGGCACAUGACGACGGCCGCUGGUCGCUGCAGUCCGAGGCGCACCGGCGCUACUUCGGCGGCACCGAGGACCGCCUGUCGUGCUUCGCGCAGAGCGUGUCGCCGGCCGAGAAGUGGAGCGUGCACAUCGCCAUGCACCCGCAGGUCAACAUCUACAGCGUCACCCGCAAGCGCUACGCGCACCUGAGCGCGCGGCCGGCCGACGAGAUCGCGGUGGACCGGGACGUGCCCUGGGGCGUCGACUCGCUCAUCACCCUGGCCUUCCAGGACCAGCGCUAUAGCGUGCAGACGUCGGACCACCGCUUCCUGCGCCACGACGGGCGCCUUGUGGCGCGGCCCGAGCCCGCCACGGGCUACACGCUCGAGUUCCGCUCCGGCAAGGUGGCCUUUCGCGACUGCGAGGGUCGCUACCUGGCUCCGUCCGGGCCCAGCGGCACCCUCAAGGCCGGCAAGGCCACCAAGGUGGGCAAAGAUGAGCUCUUCGCCCUGGAACAGAGCUGCGCUCAGGUGGUGCUGCAGGCGGCCAACGAGAGGAACGUGUCCACGCGCCAGGGUAUGGACCUGUCGGCCAAUCAGGACGAAGAGACUGAUCAGGAGACCUUCCAGCUGGAGAUGGACCGGGACACGAGGAAGUGUGCCUUCCGCACCCACACGGGCAAGUACUGGACGCUGACAGCCACCGGGGGCGUGCAGUCCACGGCCUCCACCAAGAACGCCAGCUGCUACUUUGACAUCGAGUGGUGCGACCGUCGGGUUACUCUAAGAGCGUCCAACGGCAAGUUUGUGACCGCCAAGAAGAACGGCCAGCUGGCUGCUUCGGUGGAGACAGCAGGGGACUCGGAGCUCUUCCUCAUGAAGCUGAUUAACCGCCCCAUCAUCGUGUUCCGAGGGGAGCACGGGUUCAUCGGCUGCCGCAAGGUCACUGGCACCCUGGAUGCCAACCGCUCCAGCUACGAUGUCUUCCAGCUGGAAUUCAACGAUGGCGCCUACAACAUCAAAGACUCCACGGGCAAGUACUGGACGGUGGGUAGCGACUCCUCCGUCACCAGCAGCAGCGACACCCCUGUGGAUUUCUUCCUUGAGUUCUGUGACUACAACAAGGUGGCCAUCAAGGCUGGCGGCCGCUACCUGAAGGGGGACCACGCUGGGGUCCUGAAGGCCUGCGCGGAGACUAUUGACCCCGCCUCGCUCUGGGAGUACUAGGGCCCCCUGCCUUCUGCAGGCCGCCCCCCAGUCCCUCCGCUGUCCCUAUUCACUGGGCGGCCCAGCAGGUGGCAAGCUCCUUGCCUUUCAAACUGGAAACCCAAGAGAAAACGGUGCCCCUCCCCCCCUAACUCUGCUCCCCAUGGGUCGGUGGCUGCAGACUGUCUCUGGGAGGGACUUCGGGUUCCUCUUCACCCUUCUCCGCCGUGGGGCGCCCGGGCACCUUCUGACCUCAGACAACUCAGCCUUAUUUCCCCCAGGAAGUGGCCUAGGAGAAGCUGCUGGUGGUUGGGGGACCCCGGGGAGUUGCCCCAGCCCCUGAGCUUGUAACUGGAAACCCGCCCCCACGGGGUCACGCCUCUCGGGUGUACCUGGCCCCAGCAUCAGGGGGCCAGCCUUUGGGUGGCACUGAAGCCAGGUGUCACCUGGCUUGCCCACAAGUGUUUGUCUGGACUGCGGCUAGAGAGCAGUCUCUAUCCCAUCCCGCAGAGGUCUGGCUGCUUCCUUGACGCAAAGCUAGCUGGGUGGCUGGGCUGCCCCUGCAUAUCCCGGGGAUGGGGCGAACCUUGCUCCCAUCUCUUUCCUUUUCACCCUGGCCUGACUGGAAGCAGAAAAAAAUGACCAAAUCAGUAUUUUUUUUUUUUUUUUAAGGAAAUGUUACUGUUGAAAGGGCCCCAGGCAGGCCUGCCCUGUUGGUUGUAGCUGUGCGUGGUCUUUGGGGGGGGACUCUUGGCGCCUGUUCCUGCCUCCCCAGCGGGUUCCCUCCCUCCCCCCUGCCUGCCCACCCCAGCCCCGGCCCUGUGAUUGGUGCUCCACGUCUUCCCGACACCUCGGGGCUCCUGGGCAGGAGAGAGCCAGGCGUGCCGCUCCCGGGAGCCCUGGAGUAGACCUCAGGGGCCUCUCUCUCCCCAGCCUCCCCAUUUUAGCCACUCCCCAGCCCCAUGCAUCUCUUCAUUCUGGGUAUCUCAGUCUUUUAUUUUUUGUAACUGUCAUUUGUAUAACUCUUAAAGACCCAUGAUAGUAGCUUUGAACUGGAAAAUAAAAUAACCGCCAAGUCUGCA